UUCCUUUCUUUGUGUUAUCUUUGUGAUUUUCAUUUUGGAUUCUGUUCCCAGCCCUUUCUCACCCACCCGGGGAGGUUUUGACCUGAGAGCUUUUCCACUGGUUGGUCCUGCGAGCAGUGGAGGGCAGUCUGCUCCAGCCCCUCCAGCAGAGCCCCACACAAGCUCAUGGCUGGAGAACUCACGGCUGGAUGCGCACGGCCCUUCCCGGCUUUGGCUACUGUUCCUACGUUCUCUCUGUGCUUCCGAGAAGUGACUUGGGGUCACUUGGGGAUUCUCAAAUUCACCAGAGACACCACCCUUGCUUCUGCUGCUUCCCUUACCGCUGCCGGUAGCAUUGAAAAUGCCUCGUGUAAAAGCCGCUCAAGCUGGAAGACAGGGCCCUGGAAAGAGACGACUUGCGGAAAACUUUGCCCCUGGGGAGGUGAUCACUGACAUGGCGAAGAAGGAGUGGAAGCUGGGCGCUCCUGUUGGCCAGGGCGGCUUCGGUUGUAUAUAUCUCGCUGAUAUGAAUUCUUCAAAAUCGGUGGGCAGCGAUGCACCUUGUGUUGUAAAAGUGGAGCCCAGUGACAACGGACCUCUCUUUACUGAACUGAAGUUCUACCAGCGAGCUGCCAAACCAGAGCAAAUUCAGAAGUGGAUUCGUACCCAUAAACUGAAGUACCUGGGUGUUCCUAAGUAUUGGGGGUCUGGCCUACAUGAUAAAAACGGAAAGAGUUACAGGUUUAUGAUAAUGGAUCGCUUUGGGAGUGACCUUCAGAAAAUAUAUGAAGCAAAUGCCAGAAGGUUUUCUCGGAAAACUGUCUUGCAGCUAAGCUUGAGAAUUCUGGAUAUUCUGGAAUAUAUUCACGAGCAUGAGUAUGUACAUGGAGAUAUCAAGGCCUCAAAUCUUCUUUUGAGCUACAAGAAUCCUGACCAGGUGUACUUGGUAGAUUAUGGCCUUGCUUACCGGUAUUGCCCAGAAGGAAUUCAUAAAGAAUACAAAGAAGACCCCAAAAGAUGUCACGAUGGCACUAUUGAAUUCACCAGCAUCGACGCACACAAAGGUGUCGCCCCGUCAAGACGUGGUGAUUUGGAAAUCCUUGGUUAUUGCAUGAUCCAGUGGCUUAGUGGCCAUCUUCCUUGGGAGGAUAAUUUGAAAGAUCCUAACUAUGUUAGAGAUUCCAAAAUUAGAUACAGAGAAAAUAUUGCAGAUUUGAUGGACAGAUGUUUUCCCGAGAGAAACAAGCCAGAUGAGAUUGCUAAAUACAUGGAAACAGUGAAAUUACUGGACUAUGCCGAGAAACCUCUUUAUCAGAACUUGCGAGACACUCUUCUGCAAGGACUGAGGGCUAUAGGAAGCAAGGAUGAUGGCAAGCUGGACCUCAGCCUCGUGGAGAAUGGAGGCUUGAGAACAAAGUCAAUAACGAAGCGCAAGAAAGGAAUUGAGGAGAGCACCAAAUCCAGUGUCGAAGAUAUGGACUGCUCCAGUACACAGGCAGAAGAGGCCACAAAAACCCGAAGUGAGGAGUCCCAAGGAGCAGUGCAUGGAAGCCUGUCUCAGCCAGAGGCUAGCAGCAGCAGCUAUGACAGUGAGUGGGAGCAAAAUUAAGGAGCAUUUGUAAAGAUAGAGCAAUAUUCUUACUUUAAAAAAAAUCCCUUGUAUUUUAAAAAGGGCAGUUUUAUUUCAGCAAAAAGCCCACAUUGUGGUAGUAAGGUUGAUACCCAUUUAGAUCAGAGUGAAUUUACAGCUGUGCAUGGAGAAGACUCAUGCUUCUUUUGAUGCCUGAAGGUCAUUUGUUACCUGAACUUUGCUUUAGUGAGCAUCAGUUAUUUGUUGUGAUACAUCAGUGAUUUUAAAAUUGGACUAUAAUUAUGAAAAAAUGCUUUUUAUACCUAAAAUUUUAAUUUAAGGUCCUUACAUUGCUGGUUUUUACGGGGAAAAAAUAUAUUAGUAUUUUCAUUUUAUUUAUUAAUAGCAAAAGAAGAGUGUGGACCCCGUUGCAUAUUUAAGGAGAACAAUCCAGAUUUUUUGUUUCAAUUUAAACAAAAAGAAGAUAGAGAAUAAUUGAAUUCUCCCUUAUUCAUAUAAACUCCAAAUUGCUCUACUUAAAUGCUGUUUCUCUUCUUAUUAUAAUUUUUCCUUUCUCCUAAAGUUCAGGGCUAGUUAAAGUAUUUUACUGUCUAAAUAUUCGUAAAUGAGAGAAAUAUUACCUGAGAUGGUAAAAUGUUAUUGCUUCUGGGGGGAAAAAAAAAGGCCAGUGUUCAUGAAAUUUAUAUUUGUAUUCAUCAUUUUAAAGUAACUUGAAAGAGGAGGCACAUUAUUAUGUUUGAAUUUUGUUUUAAGGAAAUGUAUAAUACAAUUCAGUGACUUCUGUGUUCUAGAGCUUUAAGAUUUUGUGUCAUAAACGUGUUUCAAGAAUGGUUACCUCUAACAGCAGCAGCUUUAGAAAUGUCAGUUUCUUCAUUAACAAUUUUAUUUUCAAACACAAUUUAUGGUUUACAAUAUGGUAAGAGAUUUUUCUCACUGUGUGAUCUUUCAGAAUGCUGUGCCUGGCAAAAUGGGAGCAACUUUCCUUUAAUAUCUAUUUAGACCAUUUUAAAAACGCGUAUAAUUUUCUUGAUACACCUAAACUCAUUUUGACUAGUUGGGGGUCUAUUGUGUAAGAACACAUUCUGAAAGCUUUCAAAAUGUGUAUUGUGUAGGUUUUCUCAAAGAAAGAGAGGGGGUGACGGGGUGGUUUUCAAGAAGAACAGAGGCCUCUAAUCCUUUUAUUUUUAUGCAAGGCAUAAUUUUUACCAAUUGAGAAAAUUUGGUUAUUUGCUGCAAGUAAUUUUUUCCCCCACAAAAUGAUAAGCCUUAAAAACCAUGCAUAUUCUGGCAUUUCAGAACUGUCCCAGUACUUCAGAAUUGUACUAAAAAUUAGUUAAUGUAGCCAUGAUAUUUAUGGCUAGCUGCUUUGUCCCUCCCGUUCAUAAAAUGGACAGUAAUCCACAGCCUUCUCUUGUUAAUGUUAUAUUUGAACAAUCUUGAAUUUUGGUCCAUUCUUGAGAAAUCUGAGGGAAGCAGAAUUGACAGUUACCUCUCAAAGAUCUAUGAUCCGGUCAAAAAAGGGAUCUUUUUAAGGGCAUACUACAAAGACACUUCCCACUUGUUCUAAAUUUUUGCAUUAAUAAAAUUAUACAAGAGUAUCCAGACUUAUACUUUUCCUUUUUCAGAUUUUAAAUUUUACACAUUAGUCUUUUACAUUUAUGAAAUGGGUACAUUUUACAUUUAUGAAAUGGGUACAUUUUCAUAACAUGAGAAGAGGAAAAAUAUUUUUUCUGCCACAGUUAGAAUUAUUAGAGAAAAUACUGAAUUGAUGCCUGCAGCAAAGACUCCACAUUGUAGAAUCCUGAUUAUAUAAUAAAUUCCAGAUAGUGUUUUUAGUUGCAGUGAAAAAUUUUAAAUCUAGAUUGCAAGGUAUAAGCAGCAGUGUUAUUUAAGAGUAAAAUGACAAAUUAGGAUGUUAAUGAGAAUAAUACUCCUUGAACAUAGUGAUAGCUAUUGUUAAGUGUCCUUUGUAAUGUGACGAUAGAUUUCAAAUUUUAUUGAAAGGAAGAUGUACUAUAGUACUGAUUACUGAUCUGGAAUUUGUGAUACCCUACUACACCCCAUCUUAGGCCACCACAAUAUUCCUAGUUUUCUGUGCAAAAUUAAUUUCAAAAUUCUUGAAAUAAAAAAUUAGAAGUCUACCUUGGGAUAUAUUUUUAUCUAUCACAAAAAUUGAAAAAAAAACUCAAAAGUUUAAACCAUAGUAUAGGCUAUGCAUAUCAAUGGCAGGAAAAAAAAUAUCCAUGUAAAUUUUAAGUUUGCUUUAAUUGAAGUAUAUGGCAAUUAAAUAAAAACUGGAACUUGGAAAAAUAUAAAAACACUAAUUUUUAAACUGAUCUUCCACAAUGUAACUAAGUCUGUAAACAGGAAACCUUUAGAAUUUAUUAUUAGAUGUACGGUAAGUAUUUUGUCCUAGAUUCAAAGAAUGUUUUGUACGUUUCAGGAAAGAAGUAUUGAUCUGUUGUUUAGUGCAUUCAUUGAUUAAUUAUGGGCGACCACGCUGCCCCUCACGCUGGUACUGUUGCUCUUUUCCUGACCAAGGGGCGGUGGGAAGGCACACUUUGUUUGCCAGCACUAGGCAGCCGUGAUGAGGCUUACACAUACUCUUCCGACUGCUGUGCUUGCCUUGAGGUCGAGUGGGGGUGCUGGGUGGGAACAGUCUCCCUGGUGAGGUAGAAUUCCCGUGUGGAAUCCCCAUUCAGAGCUCUGCCCCCAGUGAAGAAGCACUGGUUUAUUCCAACUCAGGAGUACUUGGAUAGAAACUGUCGUAAGGUAUUUAGACCAUGAUCAGGUGUGAUGUUCCUUUAGAAGGCUACUCAGUUGG